AUGACAUUACUAACUUUCCUUUAUUUAGAGUUCAAGAUUAAAGAUCUUGGACAUGCUCAUUUUUUUCUAGGUAUGAAAAUUAUCAGAGAAUCACAAGGUUUGAUUGUUACACAGAGAAAGUUUACCUUUGAACUUUUGUCUGAUUUUGAUUAUUUUGACAAAAGACCUGUGGCUUCCCCGCUUGAACCUUCCACAAAAUUGCGCGCUGAUGUUGGUGAUUUGUUACCGGAUCCCACGAUUUAUAGAAGACUACUAGGGAAAUUAAAUUUUUUGACUCAUACACGCCCAUAUUUGUCCUUUGCCGUGCAGCAUUUAAGCCAAUAUAUGCCGACUCCUCGACAACCUCAUCUUAAUACAGAACUUCAUUGUCUCCGGUAUCUAUUAUCCAAUCCGGGUCUUGGUUUGUUUUUUCGGACAGACUCCUCUUUCAAGCUUUCAGCUUUUUGUGAUUCAGAUUGGGGUUCUUGUCUGGAAACUCGUCACUCCAUUUGUGGAUAUUUCAUCAGUCUUGGUGGUUCUCAUGUGUCUUGGAAAUCCAAGAAACAACCUAUCAUUUCCCUUUCGUCCACUGAAGCUGAAUACCGCUCUAUGUGUCGCGUGAUUGCUGAAAUCACAUGGCUUGUUCGACUACUUUCCGAUCUCACUGUUUCUCCUUUGCUCCCGGUACCUCUUCACUCCGACAGUCAGACGGCCAUCCAUAUCGCCAAGAGCCCGGUGUUGCACGAAAGAACCAAGCAUGUAGAGCUUGAUUGCCAUUUUGUUCGCCAACAAUUUCUCGCCGGACUAAUUUCCCUCAACUUUGUUCCUUCUGCUUCUCAAAUAGCUGAUGUCUUUACUAAACCCUUGGCUGGUUUUCAUCAUCAACAACUCAUCGACAAGUUGGGGUGCGGUGGUCGCAAAAGCGACAGUAGAGCCGCAGAAGUGGUGAGUGGCGUAGAAGCAAAUGUUAUUGGCGCUCCUAUGCGUGCGCAAAAGCAAGGGAGAUCCAAGAUGCGGAAGGGCUAG